AUGGCUUGCGAGGACAGCACGGCUUGCGAGGACAGCACGGCUUGCAAGGACAGCACGGCUUGCGAGGACAGCACGGCUCGCGAGGACAGCACGGUAUGCGAGGACAGCACGGCUUGCGAUGACAGCACAGCUUGCGAGGACAGUACAGCUUGCGAGGACAGCGCAGCUUGCGAGGACAGCACAGCUUGCGAGGACAGCACAGCUUGCGAGGACAGCACAGCUUGCGAGGACGGCACAGCUUGCGAGGACGGCACAGCUUACAAAGACGGCACAGCUUGCGAGGACAGCACAGCUUGCGAGGACAGCACAGCUUGCGAGGACAACACAGGUUGCGGGGACAGCACAGCUUGCGUGGACAGCACAGGUUGCGAGGACAGCACAGCUUGCGAGGACAGCACGGCUUGCGAGGACAGCACAGCUUGCGAAGACAGCACAGCUUGCGAGGACAGCAUAGCUUGCGAGGACAGGACAGCUUGCGAGGACAGCACAGCUUGUGAGGACGGCUCAGCUUGCGAGGACGGCACAGCUUGCGAGGACGGCACAGCUUGCAAGGACAUCACAGCUUGCGAGGACAGCUCAACUUGA